AGUGCGCAUGCGCACCGUGCGCAGAGGUUUGUGGAGGCAGCAGCUAGGGCAUGAAGACUGUGGCGCGGUCUGGGGCCACUCGCAGCGACGGAUGGCCGAAGCUGGGACUGUGCGUCCUCUGUGGCUUGCCGGCGGCCGGAAAGUCGACCUUCGCGCGUGCGCUGGCCCUGCAGCUGCGGCGGGAGCGGGGCUGGGCUAUCGGCGUCCUCUCCUACGACGACGUGCUGCCCCAAGCACUCCCGGACGGCGCAGGCACACAGCCUCGGCCAUCCCGAUGGAAAAUGUUUCGACAAGAACUGCUAAAGCACCUGGAAUGCUUCCUCAUGGCAGUUAUUAGUGAGACUCAGAUGUCUGCCCCACCCAACAGGACUGAAGCCGUGUGGGAAGAUUUUAUCACCUGCUUAAAAAAACAAGAUUUGAUCUUUUCUACAUCACCCGAGGCCCAGCAUUGCCACCUCUUGGCAAAACCUAUUUCUAAACCUUUGUUUUUGGUGUUGGACGACAACUUUUAUUACCAAAGUAUGAGAUAUGAAGUCUACCAACUGGCUCGGAAAUAUUCGCUGGGCUUUUGCCAGCUCUUUUUAGAUUGUUCCCUGGAAACGUGUUUGAAGAGGAAUGGCGAGAGACCACAACCACUGCCUAAGGAGGUCAUCUACCUCAUGGAGAGAAAGAUAGAGAGGCCCAACCCUGAGAAAAAUGCCUGGGAACACAACAGCCUCAUAAUUCAGAGUUCAGCAUGUCUUUUGGAGGCCAGCCCAGAGGUGACUGAUUUGUUGCUUACUGCUUUGGAAAAUCCCAUAAAAUGUGUUGAGGACAAUACGGAACAAAAGGAAGCAGAUAGAAUUAUUUGUUCUACUAACAUCCUCCAUAAAGCUGACGAGAUACUCCGAAGAACCGUUUCUCAGACAAUGAAGGAAGCCAAAGAUGAGCAGAUGCCUCUUAAUAACCUGAAGCAUCUAGCAGGAGAACUUAACAAGCUCAAAGCAGACUUCUUGGAAGAUCUAAGACAAGGAAACAGAAAAUACCUGUGCAUUCAGCGAAGCCCAGACUUAUCAGAUGUUCUUUCUUCAUUUUGUAAGGAGAGAGAUACUAUUGUGCAGAAGUUCUUUUCAAAGCAUCAUUAAACUUUCUGAAUUUCUA